CUUACAUUUCCAAGUGUUUUUCUCUCCUUUACGCACGUUUUUGCGACGGAAAAUGUAUUCGGCUACACUCAUUAUUUUCAGCGUUGCUACUGCUCACGCCGGUGUCGUGUAUCCGGUUCUGAUUGAAAGCAGAUGCGAAAACUCAAGAGGCGCUGUUCAACUUUCUAAAGACUACGUCAUAGACUUGGAAGAAUCCAGUGUUUUAGGGGACCGUCUGUAUUUUUCCGAGGCUAGGGAUGGAGAAGUGAAUCACGAAUUGGUGGAUACUACAGACAUGCGUAAUAGUGCUUAUGCAAAUUCGGAACACAAGGCUUCCUUUACAAUUACUGAAACAAGUGUGGGAAUCGAAAUGGAAGGAUACCUAAACUUUACACACGGAAUUGAGCCACUGCGAAUACAUGACAAAUCCGGCCGAAUCCCUCAUAGAAUAUUUCCGCUCCCGACGCCUGAGGAACCGAUACACUUGGAAAUUCCCUUAGAAGACCGUUCCGAUGAAAGUCUACUGCCAAGAAGUGACACUGCAGAGCCACCCGCCGUGUGGCGACCUGAAAUGUACGUCAUGUUUGACAGUGUAAUACACAAGUACCUGCAAGGAAACAAACACCUACAGGUUCGAUACAUCAUAAGGCUAAUGAACAUGGUGAAUGCUAUCUUCAAGACGGUUCGCAAGCCCCGAAUAAACCUCCAGCUUGUUGGAAUACUCGGAUUUCAGACGAAAGAAGAGGAGUAUUUUAUUGAGGAGGAAGAUAACCUGAUCGCAGCGAUCGAGUCACUAAAAGCCUUUGGACAAUACACCAAAGACACAAUGUUCGAAAGGCCUGCCGAUUUCUACGUGAUGCUCGUUGGGCGCAGCUUAGGGAGACGUGACAAGACCACUAAGAAAUUAUAUUCUGAUAUUAACGGUCUCGCCUAUACUGGAAUGGUCUGCGUGAAACGCUGGAAUGUGGCUAUGUGCGAGGAAGAACCUCCUUUGUUCUAUGGAUUCACCACAAUAACCCACGAAAUCGGGCAUUUGCUCGGGAGCAUGGACGAUGGAAGUGGUCCCUGGACAAAAGUCCCGAAUCAUCCUGGUGCUCUUGCCUGCAAGUCCCCAGAUCAAUACAUCAUGAGUCCUGUACUGAAACGUGGACCGCCUUUCGCGUUUUCGCAUUGUAGUGAGGCGCAGAUGGAAUUUGUUAUGAAGUAA